AUGCUCUCCGCCGGGGAAAGGCCUCAGCCGCCUUUAAAUGCCAAAGCGGCGGUAGAUGCCUCCCGCACAGCAGUCACCAAAUCCUCUCUGAGUCACCACAAAGCUGUCGCAAUGCGGGCAGAUACCUCCAAGGCAGAGGAUAUCCAGCAUAUCUGGAUCGUUACUGGGCCCGCGGGCUGCGGGAAGAGUACCAUAGGCAGGGCUCUUGAAAAGAAGCUGGGACUGCCGUUUCUGGAGGGAGACGAUUUUCACUCACAAUCCAACCGCGAGAAAAUGGGCAAUGGCAUCCCCUUGACAGACGAGGACCGCUGGGACUGGCUGAUCUCGCUCCGCAAGGCCGCCAUCGACGCCCUCUCCCCAUCCCAAGCCAACAACUACCACCCUCCCUCGGGCGUCGUCGUCGCCUGCUCCGCCCUCAAGCAGAAAUACCGCGAUGUCAUGCGCGUCGCCGCCUACGGCACCCCCUCUGUGCAGAUCCACUUCGUCUACCUCAAGCUGGCCGAGGACGUCCUGAUCCAGCGCGUCACGCAGCGCGAGUCCCACUACAUGAAGAGCGGCAUGGUUCAGUCGCAGCUGCAGGCCCUCGAGGAACCGCAGGGAGAGUGGGAUGCGCUGACCGUCAACGCCGACGGCCCGCGCGAGCAGGUGCAGCAGGCGGUUCUCGACUUGGUGUCGCAGAAGCUGGCUGAGUACCAGUAG